AUGAUAUUAAAGGAAAUUAUUGUUAUCUUAUUUUUCUUCACAUUCUUUUGUAAUGCUUCUGAGCAAUAUCCAACACCAAAUGCACUUUGGAUAGUUACAGACCUCGCUGGUAAAGUAUUUCAACCCGGUGAUACGUUUGAUUUCGCAGUUAUGGCCCCAGAUAAUUAUACUGGCACAUAUAAUAUAAAUUUAAGAAAUCAUGAGAUGCCCAGAGCUGGUUAUGUCACGCUUCUAUCAGGAAUUUCCUUUAAAGGUGGACUUAACACUUUCAAUCUCGAGAUUCCAUCGAACAGCCAACUCUCGGUGCCGAGUCCUGUAUACUACAUUAUUUUUUGGGGCCCUACUGACGAGGAUUACUCAGCCACUUUUACUAUUGGAGAACCAGGGUACGGAGUUAGUAUAGUGAACCCUGCUGCGGGUAUAGUUUUACACCCCGGCGACACAUUUGAAGCUAGUUGGUAUGGAACUUACGAAAGACCUGAUGUUGAAGGCAUUGAGUUCAUUCACGCAUUAUUAGAACCCGCAGAAAACGAUGAUUUCCCUCAUACUUAUCCUUUCCAAGCUGAUAGACAAAUAAGUUUUGAGUCACAAUAUUUCGAGUUGAAGUUACCAACAGAUAUUUUGGCACCCAGAGUCUGGAAAUUUGGAUUUCUGUUUAAUACAAGUGACGGGAGUUAUAGUACAAUUGUUUCUAGCGGGUCAUUUUUAAUACUUCCUAACGACGACGAUCAACCACCUAAUGAUUCAUCAGACCCCGAUUCGGAUGACCAAGAUUCGGAUGACCAAGAACCGGAUGACCAAGAUUCGGAUGACCAAGACUCGGAUGACCAAGAUUCGAAUGACCAAGACUCGGAUGACCAAGAUUCGAAUGACCAAGAUUCGGAUGACCAAGAUUCGGAUGACCAAGAUUCUAAUGAUCAAGAUUCGGAUGACCAAGAUUCGGAUGACCAAGAUUCAUAUGACUCUUAUUCGAAUGACCCCGAUUCAUAUGACUAUUACUCGAAUGACCCCAAUUCGAAUGACCAAGAUUCAUAUGACACCAAUCCGAUGCAACCCUGA